ACGACUACGGGGGCCCCAAAAGGGAAUUUCUUAGACUUCUGAUGAUGGAAGUUCACUCCUCACUCGGAGUAUUUGAAGGUCGGCAGGGAAACCUGUUUUUUGUCUAUGACAGGGAGGCACUAGACAAAAAGAAAUACUUCCUGGCAGGAAAGCUGACCGCAUGGUCAAUUUUCCAUGAUGGCCCUGGCCCUCGUGGACUUAACAGCACACUUUACUUGAUGAUGUGUGGUCAGAGGCCCGAUGUCCCUGCACAGGUCCCAGAGCUUCCUGUUGACCCUGUCAUCCAGCAGAACAUUGAAAAGGUUUGGAACUGCUCAACACCGGAGGAGCUUCAAACAUUAAAGGAGGACUUUGGUGACUGGAUAGCCUCCUGUGGCAUGCCAGCCAUUUACGGUGCUCAAAUUGAGGACUUACCAUCCCUGCGUUCCACAGUUAUGGAGCACUAUGCUUUCUUUAGUUUCGAGCAUUUUGGUAACAAAUGAAAAUACUUGAGUUGAUUUAAUCCAAAUCUGUUACCAAAAUGCUUGAAACCUGUAAAAAAAUAGAGGCAAAAGUGACUCAACUCCUAUAAACUGGUGUUUAUUUCAUGAUGGUCUAAUACAUAGACUAUUGUUGAAUAAUUGUAAGCCUUUUAAAGUUUUAUAAACCAGUCACAAAUGUAUCAGAGCAGAAAUUACAGUUCUUCUUAAUUUUUUUUGGCACAGUUGUCCACUCAAACUCUACAUUUUCAAAAUCGUGAACAGACAAGACUCAACAGUGUCACUGACGAUAAAAUUGAUACAUUGUGUUUGCAAAUGGCUUGAUCAGCCAAAACAUUAAAAUCAUGAAACAAAAGCAAAUGUCCCUUCUUGCAAUGAAUUAAAUCUGAAAUCAGAAGAA